AUGGCACAACGCCUCUCCCCAUGUGACCGAACAUUGUCCAGCACUGGGACCAGGGCAUUGAGUGAGACUGAAGCUGCUGUGGACCAACUGGUGGAGGUUGCUGGUCUCCCUGAUGUGGUGAUCAACAACGCUGCAGGGAACUUCAUCUCCCUGUCAGAGAAGCUGUCUGCCAACGCAUGGAGGACCAUCACAGACAUUGUCCUGAACGGCACAGCCUUCUUCACCCUGGAACUGGGCAAGAGGCUGAUACUGGCCGAGAAGGGUGCUGCGUUUCUGGCCAUCACCACCAUCUACGCAGAGACCAGCUCUGGAUUUGUGGUGCUCAGCGCAGCUGCYAAGUCAGGAGUGGAAACUCUGUGCAYGUCUCUGGCUGCGGUGUGGGGGAGGUACGACUUGAGGUUUAAUGUCAUCCAGCCAGGACCAAUCAGAACCAAGGGGGCCUUCAGUCGUCUCRAUCCCACGRGCAUGUUUGAGAAGGCCAUGAUCGGCAGGAUACCCGUGGGCAGGCUGGGCACGCCCGGAGAGAUUGCCAAUCUGGCAGCCUACCUGUGCAGUGACUAUGCCUGUUGGRUGUCUGGAGCGAUCUUUCGAAUGGAGGUUGGAGAUUAUGUCUCCAUGGCAGGAGAAUUCAAUGAUCUGAGGAGGGUCACUAAGGAGCAGUGGGCUAUGAUGGAGACCAUGAYCAGGKGCACCAAGGGAUCCUAAGAAGUCAAGAUGGGAACAUGAUACUAACUCUACCACUGUUAAUGCUCCAGGGAUACACAGACACACAGUUGGAGCGUGGUGGAUUGUCAGGUCAUAUUUUCUCCUUUCCGCCACCAGACCUUGUCCUCCCCCACUGAACAGAGGGUGCUUGACAGUGUCUGAUGCCAUAGGACAAGCACCAAACAAGCACAACGGAGGAAACGUCCUUUCAAUSCAACACAAAGCACCAGUUCACUGACCCUCCUGCUAAAGCUGUGUGUAUGUGUCUCACAGGGUUGCAGCAUAUCCAGGAUAAACACUAUUACUCUGAUUGUGGUGUCAGCAACACUUAGCUGAGAAAAUGAAAUGUGGUGGAGUUUUAUUUACCUAUCCUAUGAGGUUUGUGGAAAUGUCCAAUUGAAAAAAAAUGACAAUUUCAUCUGGUUAUUCCUUUGUCAUCUUUAAUUGUGUUGAACCGGUGUCCAAUUUGUUUGCAGAUUCUCCUUUGGCCAUGCUUUUAAGGUCAGGGGUAUGCCUGUUCUGUGUCGAGGGAAACAGACAUCAACGUAUAGAGUGGAACAGUACCUUGCUUUGAUUAAGUACAAUUAGCUCUCCCAUAAUGCAGCGUGUUCCCCUCUUCCUACUUCAUACCCCUACCCUUUCRCGUCCCAGAGUUCCAUUAGGCACAUACACACAGACACACACUUCACACCUGCUACAUUUAACCUUUAUUUAACUAGGCAAGAACAUACUGCAGCUAAACUCAGAUAAGCCAUCGCUAUACAUUUACCAACUCGGAGAGAGAUGCCAGCAGCUGCCCAAUUAGGAGAUAAAAUCAUCCUGCUGUCUAAACUCUCACUGCAUAGUGCAUGGGGGACAGAGCACUGAGCAAUGCCUCUACACUCAAUGCAGGGAUUUACAAGGUUAAGGCUUCCCUCUGCCUGUCAUAAAGCAGCAGUUAACUUUUGACCUUCAAGUGCUCCUAUGCCUACUGAAAGCUCCUGUCCCGAAACCAGACUGUUUCUGCAUUCAGCAACGCUGCAUUGUUGCAACGACAAGUUGGCCAAAGCAGAAACAGAUUGGCACACAGGUUAAGGAAGUUCCACCUGAAGUGUCCUCACCUCCCCCUGUAAGCACAUCCCUCCAGUGCUGUUCAACCUCCACUGGCUCCCAAUAUGCUCACGCAUUGACUUUAAAAUCCUGGUUCACACCUACCAAGCUAUCCACAACUCUGGAGCCAAGUAUUUGUCUGACCUCAUUCUACCGUCCUACCCYACACACUCCCUUCAAACCUCCAGGUCCGUCUCCGUUCAGCAUCCCCACUGCAGACAAACAUUUAUGGGUGACAGGGUCUUUCAGUUUUGCGGCUCCUCGACUGUGGAACUUCCASUCAAUAUCAGGGCUGUAGAGUCUCUGACUUCGUUUAAGGCACAGCUUAAUUGUGCUGUUCAGAAUAGCUUUCAAAUACCUAUGUUAAUUCUGUUCUCCUGUCCACCAGAUCUGACGACACCUGUAUAUAGCUUAUAUAAAUAUAUAUAUAUACACACAC